GUGAUUGUGAUUCGAUGAAUUUUCAACGAGAUGUUUAAGGAAUGAAAGACAAUUGAGUUUUCUUUAAAUUAAUUGAUUCGAUUUGAUUGGAGUUUGAUUUGAGAUUUUUAAUUAAUGGAGUCAAAGUAUAAGAAGAAUAAUUUGUUUCUAUGUUUAUUUUUGGUGACAGUUUUUUUCUUCUUGUGUUUUUUUUUUAUAAUUAAGUGAUAAUUGUCAAGUGAUUUUGGGUUUAAUUGUUGAUUGAUUGUUGUGAGAAAAAGGGAAACUUGUUAAUUGUUAGUAAUUUGACAUGCGCGAAUCCUUUUCAUCAUGUGAUGUAAAUAAUAGUUUUUGUAGUUGGAUGAAAUCGCUCAAUGAGACAAUGUCAAAGCCUUAAACGUUUUUAAUUAUUAAUCAUGUUUUUGUUAUGUAAAUUUAAUUAUCUCCAAUUAAUUAAUAUUCCCCAUCCCUAGAACGUUAAGUUUCUUGUAUGUUUAAAUGUGAUAUUCUAUUGUAAAUAUUGUUCUGUGUUUGUGUUUCCUUCGUUGGAAACAUCAUCAUCUCUACCCUUCUAAUUUUUGUUUUGUUUUGAUUGUUCUUUUUUUUUCAUUUCUUCUAUUCUACAAAAAGAAUUGACUUUUUUCUCUCUCUUCGUGUAUCUUUCUCUACAUUUCAUCUUUAUAUGUGAUGGAUUUGGAUGAUAAUCUGACGGUUGAGGAAAGAAAUCUAAAAAUCGCUGCUCAAAUUGGACAAUCUCUAUUGGAACAAAAUAAUUGUCUUAAAUUACACAAUGAAGAUUUGGAAGCUGAGUUGAUUGCUGCCAAUGAGACAAUUACUCAAUUAAGACAUGAGAUAUCAAAAAAGAAUCAACUAAUUCAACUCUAUUCGGCUGAUCUGGAAACAACUGAGACUGAGAUUGAUUCAAUUGAUGAAAAUAGUUGCUCAUCUUCUCGUGAUAAUAAUGAAUCAAACCAAAAUAAUUGGGAAAUUUUACAAGAGCAAAUUUCUUUCUUGGAAAAUGAGAACCAUAAAUUACGAGCAGAGGCCACUCGCCGAACGAUGGACAUUGAGGCCGAAGAGAGGAAAGAAUUCCUAUUAAUUCAUGAUUGUGCCAAGCAACUGAUUGAAGCCAAUUUACAAUUGAUCAACCUACAAGAAGAGCUUGCCCGUAGAGCGGAAGAUAAUGUUAAUCAGAAUGAAGAGAUAACCAAUCUACUAAGUCAAGUUGUUGAAUUAAAGAAAAAGAUACGUGACCUAUCACAGGAGAAUGAAGGACUUUACAGUGCUCUCGAUUUGGCCCACGAAUGUCAGAAUGUCCUAUCAGGUGAACUAUUGGAAACAAAGGAAAAGUAUAAUAUUCUCAUGUCAGCAUUUCAAGAGCUACAAGAAGAGAUGAAACGUAAAACCGAAACCAAUCUAUCCAAUUGGCCACCGCCCGGUUCUUAUAUGCCUUUUUGUGAAUCAUUAGCCGCUGAACUUGAAGACAGUUUGGACAGUUUCGGCUAUGAAAGUGGCCUUUCAAGUUUAAACCGAAUAAAUCGUAAAGAAAUUGAUGAAUCUCGUAGUCAUAGUCCCGAUUCAAUGUUAACUGAAAAUGGUGGUGAAUUUAAAGGUAAAUCAUUUAAACCUUUAACCAGUGGAUCACUUAAUCAACAACAGCGAACAAGCAACAAUAUACUUGGUCGAAAUUUUCUUUUCUCAAAUAAAUUGAGAAUCGUUAAACCCAUGGAAGGAUCUGAAACAUUAUCUCGCUGGAAAAAGAUGGCCAAUCCAAAUUUAGCUUCGAUCUUUGAAAAUACUUCGGGUAUUCAGAAUAGAAUAAUUGAAAACAUUCGUACAGAUCUUUCCAAUCAUAUCGCCACUACUGCAGGUGUAUCAGCAACUGUAUCCGUCACGGUUACCUCAAUGUCUCUCAACAAUCAACAAAAAGUUAAUUAUACAACUUGUAAUACCAAUACCAACAAUAAUAAUAGGAUCCGGUUAUCCAACAACAGUAACAACAACAAUGGAGGUGAUGGCCAUUUACAAGAAAAUAAUUAUUCAGAUGAUAAUAGUAAUCCUGGUAAAAUUUUUGAUACAACCCUAUCAACAUAUACAUUCACAACAACCUCACUCUCACUGACCAGUCAAUCUACCUUAGUUACACCCAGUUUCGGGGCAGUUCAAUUAUCUACCGGUCACAUCAUUCCGAUUUCCAGUGUUUACACCUCAACCACUUCCUAUGAUUCAUCAAAUCGUUAUAACCAAAAAAUAGGAAAUAAUUUAACAAUAAAUGAACUUCUAGUAUCAUUAUCAUCAUCAUCAUCAACAACACAAUCAACACCAUCAUCAUCAUUAUCAUCGUCAUCAUCGCCAAAAAUAAUCAGCAGUGAUGAAUUGGCAUCAUCUUCAUCAUCCAACAUCAGCAAUUACCAUCAGCCUAAUGUAACGAGUUCUACCUCGUCUAUUAGUGUUCUUUUUCAAGAUUUACUUCGCAAUAGGUGCUCGAACUAUGUGAAAUACUUAUCUGGUGCAUUAGCGGCAAUCGAAUUAUCUUCAAGCGAUAUAAUUUCCUAUCGAGAUUUAACCAGAGAUCAAAACAAUGUAACCUGUUCCCCUUCCUCGCACCACAAAGGUGUAAUCAACCCAUCAAAUCGUUUAUCAUCAUCAUCAACAACAACAACAACAUCACAAUUAUCACAAUUACCUUCAUCAUCUUCAUCACCAUCAUCAAAUAUUUCACCAAAGUCUCAAUCUCAACAUGGAUUAAACUACCUGGCAUCAGAUGGUUUAAAUUUAUCCUCAUCAUUAUCACCUUUAUGUGAUUCCUGUGAUAGAGGUGUUAUCACCAAGGGUAGCACCAUUAAUCCAGCAUCGAUUGGUGUUCCGGAUAAAGAUGGUACCAAAGAAAGAUACUCAGCAAUUGAGUUACAUAGGAUAAUCUAUUACGGGAAACUUUUACCCCUCAAGACAUUAAGAAAAGGUGGACUCGUAUAAUCAACGGACGAUAAUAUGACCCACGAAAAGAAAUCAAACAAACAAAAAAAGAAAAGAAAAACCAACUUAAAUCGGCAAUUAAUUCCUAAGAUUUUCACAACGAACCAACGCAUUAAUCCACCUUAAAAUCUUCCUCCUUUUUCUGCCUUAGAGAGAUGAUCAUCUAUUUUUCUGAUAGUUUAACUUAAUUUAAUUUCUCUUAAAUUGUUGAAUUUUUUUUUCUCUUCAUUUGCUUUGCCAAUUACAUUCUGAUUCCUACCUAAUUGUAAACUCUCUUCUUCCUCUCUUCCAAAUCGAUAAUGAAAUAUAUUCAUAAUCCUGACUAAAUUAUUCUCAAUGAUCAUCAACCAACAACAAACUAAUCAACUAAAGAAAAACAAUCAAUACUAAUUAGAUUCAAUAUUAUGUUGUAUUCAUAUAUUAAGUUGAUUAUAAUUAUCGUUGAUUAUCACUCAGAGAAUCAACGAUUUCCCUGGUUGAUUACAACUAAAUAGCUCAGAAGUUCAUUAAGUUCACAAGUUAAAUUGAUUGUUGUCUAUUCCAAUUCCACCAACCUAAUUGUAAUCAACGAGUUAAAUUAUUACCAAACGUUAAUUAUGAUAAAUUGUGUACUUAUUAUGAUUAAAUUAGUUCAACGAAAA